GGCUUUCAUCUGCAUUCGAGCGAAGGAAUGACUACCUCAGCUCGAAAGUAUUUUGCACUUUCAUUUCACGAAAAGUCCGCAAAGACCACAACCCCACCCACUCAUUUACACACACGCAUCCUCCCUCGUCAACAUCGUCAUUCUGUACAGAGAUAUCGCUUGUACUUCAGCCUUGCUUUAGUGCUUGUCCUUGCAGCAGGAGCAAUUCGUGCCGCAAUUCUGGCAAGUGCAGUUUGUACAUCCACAGCCGGCUGGAGGCAUACUGGUCCUUUCUUUCUGUAUCGGUCGUAAGGCGUCUUGUGGUGAUAGUUUAUUUUUCGUUUCCAGUGUAUGGUCUUGUAUGU